UACGACGUCCCUGGUGGUGGUAGACAGUAGCCAGUAGCAGAACAGAUUGUAAUAUACAACGAAAAUAUUAACGAAAUUAUUGAAAGAUUAAUUCGGUGUUCAGAUAAGGCUCAGACGACAGAAAAAUAUAUACGGAGAACAUUGUGAGUCAUAAGGAUUCGCCCGAAUGAGGAUUUAAAAACACUGAACAUGUCGCCGUUAUCAGGUUGGAUGCUUUUGUCAGGGCUUGCUAUGGUGGCAGCCCUAGCUCCUCUGACUCCAUUAUCUCACAGAACGAGCGAAGGUUCUCUCAGAAGUGCCCUGGAUGCUGUCACCAGGAAGCAAAGAUCUCUGGACCUCAAUACUCAGGACUACUACAAUGAUCUGAGGACAUUCAAAUAUCGUGGAAUGGCUAAUAACGCUGCCGAGGCUGAACGGAAGCUGGAAGAACGUCAACGUAAAAGAGAACGUGAAAUUCUCGACGAAGAUGAUGCUGAUGAUCUCGAGUUUCUUCCUCUGGAAAAUGGUCAACUGGAAACUGUAGGCCAGGGUUUUCAGAAAAAUCAACCGAACGGCUACUGGCUCGAUUUGAAAGUUCCUGAGCGUUCUUUGAACGGAAAGGCUCUUGAGCAAGCACUCAGAGACUACCUGGAGGUUGCACCAGGUCAGGCAGAGGCAGCACCGUCGCCAUUCCGUGAACGAGAGCGUGGUGGAAGUCAUAGGAAUGGAAUAGGGGAUGAGAGGAGGGGACCAAGUGACAAACAAUUGGCAAAGAUCUUUCUCCAGGAGUUGCAGGAUGGGUCUUCCUCCUACUCUCAAGGGAAGCUAGAGGAUGAGGAUUAUUUGGAUACUUUGUUAUCAAUCUAUGACAGAUACAGGGCAGAUCAGGAGGGCAAAACUCGCGGAAGCGACAUGGGUAACGCCCCUGCAACGUGGGGAGAAGUCUUUGGCAGACAUGAAACAUUAGGUAGGAAUCAUCUUGCAGAAGGUGACCGCGAAGAGUUACCUAAUAGACAGAGAGAUCUUCACCGAGAACAAAACCAAGAUCUCCUUUAUCCAAUAGUAGUAGAGCACAGAAAUGUCAAUGCCAGGUAUCCCUUAGGACGGGACUACAACAAGUACCGUGAUUUGCGAAAGCGCUACCCUGUAGCUAAGAGAAGUCCUAAACCUAUGCAAACUAAGCGGCAAGUUACAGAUCCUAAGGUGGCUCAGGAUUUAGGAGUUUUGUUUGGAACACAAUCAACUGAAGACGCUCUUCACAAUCAUACUCAUGAAAGUCAUAAUGAUGAUCACGAUCACGAUCAUGAUCAUGAUCAGAACAAGCAUCAUGACCACGAGCAUAAGCAUGAGCACGAUCAUGAUCAUGGGCAUGACCAUGAUCACGGCCACGUGCAUGCGCAAGAGCACGGCCAUGAACACAGCCAGGAACAUACUUCAGAAGCGUCUAACGCCACUGCGCAGCCUAAGGGUCAGAAGGAGAAUGCAACGAGGGAUAAUAAAUCUAAGGAGCGUUCUAUUGAAGUUAAGAAGAAGAGCGUCGAUUGGUCGCAAUAUUUUGGGAUUGAUCGGAGGAAGAAGAAGUCUUCGCUAUUAGCUCGACCAGGAACACAGAAUCUCGAUGAAGAAUGGCUGCUUCAGAAAUACUAUAAGACCAUGGCUGAGAAUCUAAAACCUAUGGAUCGCGAAGCAGAAGAAGAAGCUGGUGAAGAUGACAGGGGUAAUAAGAUGAGAAAGAUCUCACCUAGAUUGAAGAGCAUCAAAGAACUCAUCAUUGAAGAGCUCCUUAGGUACAUGGGAUGGCUGGAUAGCUCUGAUCUGGAGGAACUCGCCGUGCAGAACAAUUUGACUGCAGACUAUUCAGGCAGAAAGAACGAGGAUAACCUGGAUGAAGAUGAUGGUGGCGCCAAUGAAGAUGAGCAGAGUUGUCCGGAACUCGAGGCUAUUGAGAGACACUGCAGAGCUGUUGGUAAGCUGGCCGGAGACAAGGCUCAGGUUCUUUAUGCACCCUGCGUCUUGCACCAGAUCUGUAGAGCCUGCCUGCAGGAGGAGGAUCACGGUCAGGACCAUGAAGAUACUGCAGCUGCAGAAGAAGAGUGCAACGGUAGCUUUGCCAUAGAGGCAGCCAGGGCAUGCGCAGGACACGACGGGGGUACUCAGGACAGUCAGGAAGCUCGAGAAAAGUGUGCAAGGAUUGCCCUGGUCCUGUCGCAGCUGCAGCGACCACCAGCUAGUGCGACUCUCUGUCGCUCUUCAACUUCUGACUCAGACGUAGCUGACUCCUGUCUUCGACGUUAUCGCUUCCAUAAUUCUCAUCGCUUUCGUUACAAUCCUUACGCCGGUUCAUCUCAUCGGCGCAAUGGCGCUACUGUCGUCAAUGGCGCCCAGCUCGAGCGAUAAGCUAUCGAAGACCAUGAAGGAUUCUCGGCGACGCGUCAUGUCGGAAACUUCUCCUUUGCGUGCUGGCGUGCGGAGCGUCGACGUCGCUGGCAUCUUCUGGAAGCAUUUCAGGUCUAUUUGCGAGAUCAUUUUAAGCUCACGCGACUGCUCUUCCUUCCGGCCAUAUUACACGAGGACACCCGGAACGCAUUUGAACGAGAAAGACAAUAACUAGAUGGUUAGAGCUUAUAUCUUGGAUCAACGAGAAACCAGAGAAGGUUAUGUCAUUCUAAAAAAUUGAUUAACUGUUUCGGUCAAGAGGUCCGAGAGUAGCGCGUGAACCUAGAGACAAAAAAGCUUCUUCCGGUCAGCCGAGUCAUUAUCGCGAAUAGACUAUACCUCACGAGAGUAGAUUCUCUCUGCAUCCAAAUGAUGCAUUCACAUGAAAUACUAUUCGAUACGAUAUAUCCAUUCAAUGUUGUUAAGAACUAUACUUAAAGUUAAUUAUAUCCUAUAUAUUUGUGAGUACUACGAAAGUCACUAGUAUCCCGAUCUUGACGCAAUAGCCGCAUACAAGCUGACGAAAAGUUACCAAAAAAUGGGGACGCAAACAACGGCGGCGAGGAGGAGACGAAUUAAGAAAAUGAGAAGCGAUCGUACAGUGACUGUUACUCGACGUUACUCAAUGUUCGAAGACGACCGUUUAAAUAAAUGUCAGAAAAUUUAUCGAUAUCUUUCAGGGGAUAUAAAUGAGGAUUGUGCACAAGAUUCUACAGUACAUCCAUUACGAAGAUAAUAUAUUAUAUUUAUGUCGAAGACAAGAAUGCGUACUAUGUAUCGGCCCUAUGUGGACGUAAUAAAUAUAUUUAAACAUA